AUGACAUCACCAUCAGAAACAUUUCUUUGUCCAAUUACUCAUGAACUUAUGGUAGAUCCAGUUAUUGAUCCAGAUGGUAACAGUUACGAACGACAAGCUAUUGUAGAUUGGCUUCGACAAAACAAUACAUCCCCAAUCACUCGCGCUAAUCUUUCAGCAGGUGACCUUCGCCCAAAUCGUGCUCUUAAAUUAGCUAUUGAUGAGUAUCGUGAUUCAUUACGAGAAAGCAAGCAAUCAAAGACUGACUCUCAGACGAACGUGACAUCUGCUGAACUUAAAGUUCUUGGAAAUUAUGCAGAUGGUUUUGUUCAUAUUUCUAUUCAACCACCAGCAGAUGCAGCACGUUCACCAUGUGACAUUUGUUGUGUCGUUGAUACAUCAGGUUCUAUGGCUGUACAAGCUGAGAUUCAAAAUGAUAAGAAUGAAAAAUAUGGCCUAUCACAGUUAGAUCUAGUUAAGCAUGCUUUGAAAACAAUUAUAAAUUCACUUCUUCCACAAGAUCGUUUAUCAAUUGUAUCAUUUGCAAAUAGUGCUAAAGUUUUGUUUAAUUUGACAAAAAUGAAUGAAGAUGGAAGAUCAAGUGCCUUGGCUGCAUUAGAAAGAUUAGAGGACAAUGGACAAACAAAUUUAUGGGAUGGUCUUCGAACUGGUCUUGACGUUCUCUUGAAAGGUCAACGAAAUACUGGUUCUAAUUCAGCACUCUAUCUUUUAACCGAUGGUUGUCCUAAUAUGGAACCACCACGUGGUCAUUUACCAACAUUAGCAAAAUUAAAACAAAAGACUAGUUUUAACUGUACCAUUAAUACAUUUGGGUUUGGAUAUGAAUUGGACAGUAAACUUCUUGAAGAUAUUUCUAUAUUAGGAAAUGCAGGUUCAUAUGCAUUUAUUCCUGAUGGAUCAUUUGUAGGAACAAUUUUUGUUAAUGCUGUUACUACAUUACUGGCUACUGUAGCAUCAAAUAUACAGCUAUGUAUCAAUGGUCAACGAAUUGAACCUUCUGAAUAUACACGAUGGUAUUCAUCACAUUUUACUGAUCAUGGUACAAUAUUUGAUUUAGGUUCAAUUACAUACGGUCAAAGCAAGGAUAUACUUAUUCCGCUUUCUUCCGAUGAUGCAAUGAGAUGUGAAUUUUCAAUAGUAUAUGAUACAUUACUAGAAAAAAAGAAAAGAGCUAAAUUUAAUGUGAAUACUAAUCCUCAAUCAGCAGUUAUACAACAAAUGAAACAACAGAAAUUUCGUCUUCAACUUGUUGAUUGUGUACGAACAGUAUUUGAAGCAAUGCGUCAAAAACAAAAUACUCCGACAACUACAAAUACUGCGUUAGGCGUAGCAAUGGAUCGAAUGAAAAUGUUAGAAGAAGAAAUGCAAAACUAUGCAAAGAAUAAUGAUGAAUAUGUCAACGAUUUAUUCGCAGACUUAACUGGACAAGUUAAAGAGGCUAUCACGAGAGAAGAUUGGUUUAAAAAAUGGGGUGUACACUUUUUACCCAGUUUAACUCGCGCACAUCUUCUUCAAUAUUGUAACAAUUUCAAAGAUCCAGGUAUUCAACAUUAUGGACAAGGCACUCUUUUUUCAGAAAUUCGUGAUGAAAUGGAUACUAUAUUUUGUGCUUUACCUGCUCCAAAAGCUUCGCAACAAACUGGUGCUCAAAUAGACAUGUCAGUUUUUAAUAAUGCUGCUGGUGGAUGUUUCUUUGGUGGAUGUACAGUUCGUUUAAUGAAUGGAACUAGUAAAUUAAUCAAAAAUGUUCAACCAGGUGAUCAAAUGGCACCACAUGGAGGAAAAGUUAAUUAUGUUGUUAAAACAAAAUGUAAAAAUCAAAAGGCACAAAUGGUUGUUCUUGAUAAUGGUUUAAUGAUAACAGCUUGGCAUCCAAUUCGUCAUAAUCAACAAUGGAUAAUGCCAUGUUCCCUUGUUUCCGCUCCUGUGGACAUAUGUUGUGAAGAAGUUUAUAACUUCGCUCUCGAUCAAGGUCACACAAUAUUGGUGAAUGAUAUUGAAUGUGUUAGUUUAGGUCAUGGUUUUAAAGACGAUGUUGUACGACAUUCCUAUUAUGGAACUCAACAAGUAAUCGAAGAUUUACGUCAACUUGAUUGUGAACAAAAUAAUUCAGGUGUAAUCGAAAUUACUGAAGAUAUAUUAAUACGCAACAAAAAAACAGGUUUAGUUAGUGGCUUACGACAAAUCGAUGAACACAAUCAACAACAGCAAAUCUUGGUUCAAUAA